AAAACGCUCUCUUUCUCUCUCUCUCUCUCUCCGCCUCUCAUUCUCAAAUCAUGGUAGGGUUUUAGCCACUUCGAGAAACCUCACCGCAUUCCGCCGCCGCCAGUUCAUCCGUCGCCGAUGUCACUACCCUCAUCUGAGGUCAGCUGGGCCCAAUCUCAUCUCAGUACUAAUUUCUUUCCAUUGUUUUUUCAAUCGAGAAAGCCGUUAAAUUCCCUUAGAUGAGUCAAAACCAAUGAUCCGCUACCAAAAAACUGAGCAAAUCUUUAAUGGGUCACUCCCAUUUCGCAAAAUCCUUCACUUUCUCAAUCGAAACCCAUCAAUCUCCACUGCUGCGGCUUCUAUUCCCUCUUUAACUGAACCAAUCACAACUCCUCAGCCCAUCACUCAAAAUUUAUCUAAAUUGUCUUCUGCUAAAGUUGCCCAAGUUUUAGCAAGCUAUUGGAGAAAACCCCAUCUUGCCUACUCCCUGUUUAGAGAUUGCCAAGCAUUUGGAUUCCAGCAUGAUUUAUCGACUUAUUCAGUGAUCAUCAGCAUUCUUUGCCGUUCAGGCUUUCGCAGAAAGCUGGAUUCUUUGUUCUCUGAUGUGAUCUUGGCGAAUGGGGAGUUUGGUUUUGAGCUUUCAGCUCUAUUUGGUUUUCUUGCUCAAGGGAAGCACGUUCCACAUUGGAUAAACCUUGUGUCUGAUUCACUUAUCAGGGCCUAUGCCGUUUGUGACAGGAUAGAGAUGGCUGUUGAUGUGUUUUAUGAAUUGGGUAAUCUUGGUUUUGUUCCAUCAAUGAGGACUUGCAAUUUUCUUCUCAACAUCGUGGCUGAAAAUUAUGAUUUGGCAAUAGUAAAGGUAGUUUUUGAUAAUAUGAAGAGAUUUGGGGUGAGCCCGGAUGUUUACAUGCUUACCAUUAUGAUGAAAGCUUUAUGCAGAGAGAAGAAGCUUGAAGAAGCAUUUCAGGUUUGGGGUAGAAUGAAUGAGACUGGUGUGAAACCCGAUUCAUUCGUGUACACUACCUAUAUAAUGGGGUUGUGUGACAUUGGCAGAUCAGACUCGGGAUUAAUUCUUCUUAAGCAAAUCUCAAGCCAAGAUGUUUUCUUUAAUGCUCUCGCUUAUAAUGUAGUAAUCGAUGGUUUGUGUAAAGAGAAAAAAUUGCAAGAAGCAGAGGAGGUUUUGGAGCACAUGGUAUUAAAUCGUGUAACCCCAAAUGAAGAUAGUUAUGGGUGUCUCAUUAAAGGUUAUUGUGAUGAAAGAAACUUAUCAAGAGCUUUACAUCUACAUGAGGAAAUGGAACUUAAGGGUCUCAAGACGAAUCAUUACAUCAAGGGAUUUAUCCUCAAUUUACUGUGCGAGAUGAACAUGAAUGCGGAAGCACUGGAUGAGUUUCAGAAAUUGAAGGCAUCAGGGCGUCACAUUGACGAGGUUCUUUACAGCAUUGCUAUUAAAGCCCAUUGCAAGAUGAAGAACAUGAGGGAUGCAAUGGAAUUGUUUGAGGAAAUGAAAGUUUUAGGGUUGGCACAAGAUAAAAAACUUUUUACUAGCUUGAUUGGUGGUUACUGCAAUUUGAAUGAAAUGUAUAAUGCUCAGAAGGUGUUUUCUGAUAUGGUGGAAAAGAAUGUGGAGCCUGAUCUUAUUACAUGUACUAUACUAGGUGGUGGGUUUUGUCGGAAUGGUUUUCUUAAGGAGGCAUUCGACCUUAUAAGUUUUAUGGGGGAUAUAGGCUUGGAGACUGAUGCCGUCUUUUAUGGCAAUUAUAUUGAGAAUCUUUGUAGGGGAGACAAGCUAAAGGACGCAGAGAUUUUAUAUGACAUUCUUGAGCAGAACGAUCGUCAUCAAUGUUUGACUCUUUACAGUGCUAUGAUUUCUGGGUACCUGCUAUUGGGUUGUACAAAAAAAGCUUACAGACUCUUUCACAAGUUGUUAAAGCAAGGGAAUUUGGUGGAUGAGAAUGAUGCAUCUAAUAAGAGGAGCAAAGUAGUUUUUUCUAAGCUGAUUAAUGAGCUUUGUAAGGAGGGGAAUGUUGAAAAUGCUUCUGUGGUGUUGAAGACAAUGUUAGAGAUGAAUUUUAGUCCUGAUGAGAUUUCUUAUAACCAGAUCAUUGCUGGCUAUUGUAACAUUAAAGAUAUGGAAAAAGCUCAUGCUUUGUUUGAGGAUUUGGUUAAACGUGGUCUUUCGACUGAUGUUGUUUUGUAUACUACAUUGAUGAAUGGUUAUUGGAAGGUUCACCGCAGGCGAGAGGCUUGUGAAUUGUUCAUCGAGAUGCAACGUAAAGGAAUGGAACCUGAUGUGACUACAUGGACAGUUAUGUUGGAUGGUUAUUUGAAAGACAUCUUGAACAAAGAUAAGGCAAUUAUAGAUGUGGAGACCAGAAAGGAGAAAUUUAGAGGCUGUUCUUUGAAAAUUAUGGAUGAGUUAAGAAAUCAGGGUCUUGAGCCUGAUGUUUUUUUCUACACAGUUUUAAUUGAUGGGUUUGCUAAGGUGAAUAAUAUUCAGGGAGCCCAAGAACACUUCGAUGAGAUGAUUAAAACAGGUUUGAGACCUGAUGCCUUUCCAUACACUGCUUUGAUAAAUGGGUACAUUACUGUAGGGGAGAAAAAUAAAGCUGCAGUUCUGCUUAAUGACAUGCUAGAUAAAGGAAUAACGGCGGAUGCUUUACUAACCUUGUUGGCAAAGCUUCAUAGCUUGAAGGUUGCGUCUCGAUAGAAAUUUCAUUGGUUACAUUUUGACCCUUAUCAGCAACCAUUGUCGCAUCUUUAUGGGUUUGGUCUAAAAACUUAACUCGGUGUUCAGAGAGAUCCCAGAACUUGCAUCUUCCAAUCUGACGUCAGUCUUUUGGUGUCAAAAGACCAGCAUUGAGCUCCUUGGUGCUACGGAGAUGAUGAUAUCCUACAGAAAAGUCUUCUCUGGAUCUGACCAUCUGAGAACUUCGAAACAUGACUACUAGCUCAUUAAGAGUUGACACGUACAUUAAGUUGGUAUUUUUGCCACAUUUCCAGAAACCAGAAAUCAUAUAAAUCCUGGUGUAUGCAUCAAGGUCAAUAUAACCUCGAUGCAGAUGUAAGAUGUUUAUUCAGAAAUUUCUUUGGGAUGAUUACCCACAUAAAGUAACAUUCACAUGCAUGUAUGUAUACAGUACAUUGAUAAACCCGAAAACUGCUUGCACUACGUUUUUGAAUAUGCAUGGUGGAUUAACUUUUGGGUGAUCUUCUUUGAUCAUCUUUCUUUGUCAAGAUCUACAUGCUCUAGAAUGCUUGUAGAUGUAAAUCUUGUUGUUGGAAUGAAUGGGGAUAGAGGUCAAAUUUAGAUGCUUCUGGAAUGCUUGUAAAGUCGAGUGGUCAUUGAAUGGGGAUAGAAGUAGAAUGCAAUGUGGCCACUUGGUGCAUAGGUGAAAGGCUUUAAGGCCACAUGCUUUCUUGUCCUCAAGUAAUUUACUUUUAGAGUAUGCAGAUAAUGAUGAAUGGAGUUUGCUUGUUUCAUAUGAACUUUAAAUUCUGGCAGACAUAAGCUGCAUAACAUAUACAUGCAUACACAUAAAAACAUGUUAUAUAUUGGGGUUAAUUGCGGAUAGACCCCCUGUAGUUAAAAUUGUGCUGAUAGAUGUACUAUUUGUCCAAGUGUGGAUAAACCCCCUGUAGUUAAAAACAUGUCCUAUUUUUUAAAACUCUUUUAAGAGUAAAAAAUUAGCAUUUGUGGUCUAUACACACCAAUAGAACUACGGAGUGUCUAUUAGCCUCUACAAAAAAUCAUUCGGGGUCUAUUCACACAAUUAGAACUACAAGGUGUUUAUCUACAAUUGGGUGUGCUAAGGGGGGUCCAUCUGCACUUAACCCUAUAUAUUAUUAAAUUAACUUUUUUUCUUUUUCCUUUUUUUUUGAGAAGAAAGGGUGACACCUUAGAAAGAAUGAGAUCUCAACCACUACUAUCACUCAAAAAGGUUGGUUACAUAUAAAGGAGUACACAUCCAACCUAGGAGUGUACCCCUCUGUCAUCAUAAUAUCUGUAUCUACAGCAACAACAUAAACCCCCCAGUCACGAGCUAUUCACAACUAUUGUUCAUUCUACUUAUAGACAACAAAACACACCAAAAAGUACAUUAUCUUCAACUAUCAUCAGUCUAGCAAAAUAGGACAUCCGAUCUCUUUACCGGCGUCCCUCCUCUAAAUUUGAACUCCUAAAGCUUUAGCAUCUGCACCUCCACGAUCAGCAAUAUUUACAUCAGCAAGGAGCCCAUUAGAGGAUAGUCCUGACCAAAAUAAAGCGAAAUGAGUGAUAGAACCCCAAAUCUCCAAAGAGUUCUUGUGUUUGUGUUUAGAGCAAACUUCUAUUAUAUUCCCCUAAAUGCAGCAGAAAAGAGCACUUAGAUAUGAGUCCAACGCUUUUCUACUUUCUCCUUUCAACACAAAUUUCCUCGAUUGAACCCACACAACAAAUUUAUCAUUUGGAAACCGGGUAAUGUCAAAUUUAUGGCAAAGUGAAUUACAUAGUGAUUGUUUCAAUGUUUGAAAAAGCUUUUUUGAAACUCGCUUUGAAACUCGCUUCACAACUUAUUGAAGGGUAAACAAUUUGAAACUCAGUAGUGAAGCUAUUUAACCCUUGAAGUUUAUGCCCCAUUGCUUAAAGCAUAAUUAAAGUGUGCGCUUCGCGCUUCAUAAAGCGCUUUUUUUAUUUUGAAGCACGCGCUUAGGACUAAAUAGUAGGACAUAAAAGGAUCUUUGACUAACAUUAAAAUGCUCCUAUAUAUUUUCAAUAUGUGACUAUGUGAGUGUAAAGAAAAUAUAUAUGUUAGUUUAUUAUAAUUCAUUUCUAUACUUCACAUAUUUAGUUUUUAUUUACUAAUUAGGAAAUGAAUAUAUAUAUAUUUGUAAUUAUUACGCCACUAUAUAUUUUAUGUUCAUAAUUUUUACAAAUUUAAAAUUAAAAUAUUUAAACUCAUAAAGCUUACGCUUUUUUACUUUGAAGCUUACGCCUUGCUUCAUCAAAGGGUCCGGCGCUUCACUUUGAGCUUCUGCUUUUUUAAACGUUGGACUGUAUAUAAUUGCAUUUAAGAAAUAUGUGAGUAUGAGUUUCACUAUCUCUCCCACAUAACACAGAGAGGAUCAAUAACAAUCUCCUUGAUAAAGAGUCUAUCUUUGGCAAUCAAUUUCCCUAAGAGAGCAAUCCAUAAAAAUAUUUAAACCUUCAAAGGAGCUCUAACACUCCAAAUAUCAGUUUAUGGAACUCCCACACAAUCAUCCAUUAGGAAAAGAUGAUAAGAUCUGGUAAAAAAUUAUCCUUUGGAGUCUGAUUUCUAGGUUAUAUUAGCAGCCCCCUGUAAAGGUAUAUAAAUAACAUAAAACUUUCAUCAAAGCCAAAUAUUGAAAUACUAAAUGCUCGGUUAGCUGUCUUGUAAAUUGUAUGUUCCACCUCCAAUUAGAUCCCACAAAUAAUUUUUUGUGAUUUAACUAUAGCAAAAGGACAUCGAGCCAGGUGAAACAACUCAGGAAAAGAUGAAGCUAUACUGAAAAUUAUCCGUCUAAAAAUCUAACAAAAAAUAAGUUUUAUUUCCCUCACCCAAAUGCACAAAAGGUACUCAAGAAAAAACAUCAAAAAUCUUAAAAACUCAUUUUCAGAACCAUGAAACUUUAACAGAACUCUUCAAUUGGAGUCCAUUAUCAAAAACAUAAUCCUUUCUCAAAAUGAUAUUCUUCCAUAAGAUAUUAUUAUUACCAAGCCAUCUCCAAAUUUUUUUCCUUGCAAAUUCAUAAUCAGAUUUGUUUUUUUAUGGAAAAUUUCACUACUCCACUUUCCUAGUAGAAGCCUUGUUCAUUAUCCUUAAAUUCAACACUCCUAAGGCUCCUAAAGACUUUGGCCUACACAUAGUCUCCCAGCUUAUAAGAUUUGAGGCUAAUUUAUUGUCCAAGGAUCCAUUCGAUAGGAACCUCCUUCUAACUUUAUCAAUUCUCUCACUAACCUACAUAGGAAACAUAAAGAAAGAUGACCAUAAUAAUGGCAUGGAGGAUAAUAUUGAAUUUAGUAAAAUUUGUCUCCUUCCUCUAGACAAAGUUUUGCUUUUCUGAAGUGAUAAUGGUAAUAGCAUGGGGGCCAAUCCUUGUGAAGUUUGUUGAGCCUUAGAGAGACUCCCAAGUAGUUAAUAUGGAAUUCAUUACUCACACAAUUCAUCAUACUAGCUAACUAAUUUUGAGAAAGAGGAUUACGUUCAAGGGCAAUGAGAACACUCUUAGAGAAAUUAAUUUGCAAUCUAGAAGCUAAUUCAUAUUCAUAUAGAAGAAGCUUAAGGACAGUUAGUUGUUGUGGCUCUGAUUGACAAAAGAUCAAUAUAUUAUCUGCAUAUUAGAGGCAGAGAACCUUCAGACUGAAAUGAUCAGAGUAAUAUCAUGCAAUAGGUUAGCUUCUUCUGCCAACUACAAUUUCCUGGUUAAAGCAUCAGCUGCCAACACAAAGAAGGAUAAAGGGUCUCCCUGUCUCAUCCCCUCUUUUUGAAACAAUCUAGUUUCCAAGUUUAUUAUCAUUAUGUGUAAUAGCAGAAACCCCCUUGAAGACAAGAUGAAAUCCAAUUUAACCAUUUAUCCUCAAAACCUUAGCCUGUAAAACAUCUAGAAUAAAAUUCCAGUUCAAUUUGUCAUAGGCCUUAGUAAAAUCCAACUUAAGUAAUACUCCACUCUUAUUUUCAUUUUAGAAAAAGUCAGAUAUAAUCUUCUGAGCAGCAGCAACCCCAUCAAACAAAUGCCUUCUUAAUAUAAAACCUUAUUGAACAGGGUCGGCAAGAAUAGCAAGCUUAUUACUUAAUCUAUUUGUCAAAACCUUUGUGAUUAUUUUUUAUAUACCAUUAAGCAGGCCAAUCGGCAUGUAGUCACCAGUCCCCAAAGCUGACUCUUUUUUUAGGGAUGAUAGCAUAAUUCAAUCUAUUGGUUUCUAGUUUCCCCUAAAAAAACUCCUCAAACAAUCUAAGUGAAUCAUGACAAAUAAUUUUCCAAAAUUCUUGAAAAAAUAAAGGUGAAACUAUCUGAACCUUGUGAUUUGCCUCUAUCCAUGUCAAAAAUUGCAGAUUUUAUUUCUUCCAAUGAAAAAGGAACCUCUAGAUUUUCUACGUCUUAUUCAACAGGAGGAAAUAAGAGCUCCCAAUCAGCUUGAUAUCUAUGUUUGAUAUUCUGUCCAAAAAUUUUCUUAUAAUGCUGGUAGAAAGCAUCAACUAUCCUACUAUCUAGCAUCAACUAUCCUACUAUCAGAAGUGAUGUCAACUCCAUUUACCUUAACUGAAGAUAUUUUGUUUGCUCUCUGUUUUACAUUUGCAAUUCUAUAGAAGUAGGAUGUGUUAUGAUCCCCCUCUUUCAACUAGUGGACUUUAGAUCUCUGUUUCCACAUUACCUUUUCCUGGUGCAAAAUAUCAUAUAACUCUUGGGACAGAUUGCUUCUCUGAGUAGCUUUUUUACUAUUUGACAUUGGUCUCUCCUCCUCUUAACACAUCUAAUUUUAAAAGAUCAUCCAAGAUUCUUUUCUUAGAUGUUCUAAUACUUUUAAAAAAAUCUGAUGGGUGCAAGUCUUAAUUCUUUUCCUUAGAAACCUUAAUUUACUUACAAAAUUAUUUGCAGCAGAACUAUUGACAGGAGCUGAACUCCACCACGAAGCAAUAUUAUAAUGAAAAUCUUCUGAUGACAACCAAAUUUUCUCAAAUCUAAACAUUUUUUCAUUCUGUUCAAUGUUGCCAUGUACUAACACAAUGGGAUAAUGAUAUGAAAGUGGACCAGCCAUACCUUUUUAAAUUGUCAAGGGAUAUAGAGUUCUCAGUCAAGAUUAAAGAAAAAUCAGUCUAGUCUAGCCAAAGAAGGAUUCUCCCUUUUGCCAGUCCAAAUGAAAGUCCAACCCUUAAGAGGAGGUCAAUAAGUUCCAAUCACACAGGAGAUCAUCAAAAUCUUUCAUAUCUUUGACAUGACAUUCCUUUGCCGUUUCCAAUUGAACCUUAUUAUUUGCUUUGUUUCUUCAAAAUAUUACUUCCAUGCUUCCAUUUAAGAUGUUUAUGGUAUUUAUUUGUUGACUUUGUUAUAUGAUAUAUCUUUUGUUAGUGUAAAUCUUAAGUUUCUUAUGGAAUAUGUUACUAAAUAAAACCACAUUGUGCGGAUUAAGAAACAUGUCAUUAUAUUGAUUUUAAAUUUUACUAUACAAGGGUAGAUGCUCUAGACAAAAGUCCGAAAAUUUUCUGAAUUUUUUUUCUUCUAACCUUUUCCCCCAAUCUAGUGACUUUAACUUGAGCUCUUUGGGCACCUGCCUAGUUUAGACGCACAUGAAUUCCUUACUCCAUCCUCGAGACUUAUUGUGAUGUUUUUUUUUGGGUUGGUUGAUAAGUACUGAAAUAGAUUUGGAGGAAGGGAGGAAGGGGUCUAAAAUA